AUGGUAGAUUCACAUCAGUUGUUUACUGAAGGCAUUACUGAAGAAUCAUCCAAGGUGCCACACUGUCACAAUGAGUCAGCAACAGCUACUCCUGCAAGUGUACUUGUUGGUGAGCCAGAGCAUACCGGAGCUACAGGCCUAACUUCAUUUCAGAUAGUGCUUCGGGCAUCACUGGAAGAUGAAAAGGGAAACCUGUUUCAUUCUCAAGAUAGGGCCAAUGAAGUUGGUGAAGUGGACCAAGAGCAUGCGUCUUCUCUUGGAGGUGAUUAUGUAGGAAUCCACCCCAUGGGUCUCCUCUGGUCCCUGAAACCUGAGAAGAUAUUAACUAAGCUGUUGAAAAGAGAUAUGAUGAAUAGCUGCUUGCAGGUCCAAUUAAAACUUUAUGAUUCAGAUGUAAUGGUUACCCACAUUGCCAUCACUACUCCAAAGGUCAGCCUGAAUUUGAAGAGGUGUUAUGUAGCACCUGGUGUCACUGGCAUCCAAGUCAAGGAAGGUCGCCUUCGGGGAACCCUCUUUCUCCUUCCAGGACAGGGCUGUUUCCCAGGGGUAAUUGAUUUGUUUGGUGAUGGUGGACUGAUUGAAAUCCGAGCUAGUCUCCUGGCCAGUCAUGGUUUUGCUGCCUUGGCCUUGGCUUACUGUGACUAUGAAGACCUGCCUUUCCAACUAGAGUAAGUAGAUUUGGAAUAUUUUGAGGAAGCUGCCAAUUUUCUCCUGAGACAUCCUAAGGUCCUUGGCCUGGGCACUGGGGUAAUCUCCACAUCCAAAGGAGCAGAGAUUGGACUCGCCAUGGCUAUUCACCUAAAAGAAGUCACAGCCACCAUGCUUAAUAAUGGGCCCAACUUUAUUCUUUACAUUCCACAGGUAUAUCGUGGUCAGAUAUGUCAGCCCUUGCCAUUCUCUCCUCAUUUGCUAUGUACCUUAGGAUUAGUAGGGUUACAGCACAUUUUUAAGCUAACUAGAGCUGAAGCCAGUGAGACUUUUCUCCCCAUUGAAAAGGCCCAGGGACACUUCCUCUUCAUUGUGGGAGAAGAAGAUAAGAAUGGCAACAGCAAAGCAUAUGUAGAGCAAGCCACAGAACAGCUCAGGAGGCAUGGGAAGAACAACUGGACUCUGCUGUCUUACCUGGGGGUGUGCCACCUGAUAGAGCCCCCCUACUCCCCACUGUACUGUGCCUCCAGAAUCUCCAGUCUCCACCUCUGCCCGCACUGGGGAGGAGAGGUGAUCCCACAUGCAGCUGCACAAAAACAUUCUUGGAAGGAGAUCCAGAAGUUUCUCAGGAAACACCUUAUUCCAGUCAUGACCAGUCACCUCUGUGAAGAGCUAAUAAUCCUGCAAAUAGAGAAGCAAUAG